GGAAAUGUUCAAAUAAUUGGUAUUUUCCCAAAUUCUUUACAAUUUAACGAGACAACCAAGCUUUGCAGCCAGUGUGAACUAAAAAAUGUACAACUAAUGCAAGCUAUGAUCUAUGCGAUCGACGAACUAGUUAAUAGAAAUCCAAAAUUACUACCUGGACUUAAAGUUGGUUGGACAUUGAUUGAUUCCUGUAAAUCGCGAGAACUUGCUAUGGCUUCAUUAGAAUAUCAUUUCAGAAAGUCUAACAUUUUUCAACUGCUAUCAAGCCGAAAUUUAAAUUAUGCCAAUCUUGAUCCUUUUGUCCGAACUCUGCAGUAUAACUUAAAUAAUACAGUUAGUUCGGAACCGCCAAUUAUCGGCGUUAUUGGUGAAGAUUCUGACCAUCUUACUAUUCCUUUGGCCUAUUAUACAAGUUCCUUUCGCGUCAUCCAAAUUACCUAUAAUUCACGUACUACUGCAUUAAGCUCUGGUGUUAUGUGUCCUUAUUUCUAUCGCACGUCUAUAUCAUAUAAACAGCAAGCUGAAGCUAUUGCUGAUAUUAUUAGUAACUUUAACUGGAAUUGGGUUUCAGUAAUAGUUACAGGCUCUACUAUUGAUAAAGAAUUCAGCACUACAUUAUUACGCCAAUUCUCAUUUAAGAAAAUAUGUGUCGCUAAUAAUAUUGUAAUAUCUAAUAAUUAUACCCAAUCUGAUAUGAUUAGCGCUAUACAAAAUCUGAAGAAAACGAUUAAAUCUAAAGUCGUUAUUUUAACAGGUAAUAAUAAGAUCAUCUAUGCGUUACUUAAGCAAGCUCAAUCGCAAAGGCUUACUGGAAUAACAUGGAUCGGUACUUAUAAUUGGUUAACCGAAGCACAAAUAGCAAAUAUUAGCAGCGAUAUUAUCCGUGGCGCUAUUAGUAUCGACGUCAAUAAAAAAAUAAUACGCCACUUUGACGAUUACUUACGUAAACUUAAUUUAUGCGAUAGUCAUGGAAAUCCGUGGUUAUUUGAUGCACGGAAAGAAAUUUCAAAAUCGGCUACAGCUAACUGUAAAUACGGUCCUCAAAUGGCAAGGAUUCUCAAAAGAACUUUUUACGUACCGCAAUCAUUUACAGCUUUUAUCAUGGACGCAGUUUUAGCCUUGGCGUAUUCUUUACAUCAUAAAUUAGGCUGUACUAAUACAUCUUGUCCCGCUCUUAAUGCAAUGGAAAUUAAUCGUGACCGAGAACAGUUAAAUCAUUGUUUAAGAAAUAUUCAAUUUCAAGGA